CCGUUUCCAGAUAAUCAUGUCAACUAUUGGAGAGGAAAGAUGUCCAACAGCGAACACUGGAGAUUCGAGAUGGGAUUCUUACAAGGUUGGAAUGACGGGAAACUCUUUUUCAGUUUUCCUGGCAAUACGUCCCUUUCGGAGAUCGGAUACAAGGCAGAAUGGACCAAAAGAAGGGUGGCGGAGCAUGCAGCCGCAAAGGGUGGUGGAGAUCACCUUUGGGAAUUUGGUAGGCCUCCUUCGGUUCUUGUAGAGUUUCAUUCUGACAAUUCAUCUUCACAGAGCAUGGGCUUCAGCAGGGAUAUUCCACCAUUCUAA